AUGGUGGCCGUGACUGAGAAUCCAACAUCGAAGAACGGCGGAAGCAGUCUCAAGUUCCUCUGUAGUUACGGCGGCAGAAUAUUACCUCGUUCAAUCGAUGGAAAGCUCCGUUACGUCGGCGGUUUCACCAGAGUGCUCUCCGUUGAUCAUUCCAUCUCUUUCUCAGAGCUAAUGGUGAAACUGGAGGAGUUCUGUGGAUACUCCGUUGAUCUGAAGUGCCAAUUACCAGACGGAGAUCUCGAGACACUGAUCUCCGUCAAAUCGGAUGAGGAUCUUACUAACAUCGUGGAGGAGUACGAUCGCGUUUACGGAGGCAAGAUUCGAGCGAUUUUGUCGCCUCCCAAGCACAUGUCGCCACGAUCAAGCGGCGGCGGCGGUGGUUUAUCACCGGAAUCGCCUUUCUCCGUCGUGACUUCUCCUUCUCCGCCGAAAUCGCCGGCGUACAGAAGGUUUCUACAGCCUCGGUACUGUUUGGCUCCGGCGGAGAAUCUCGCCAGUAGAUUCCGUAUGCGAUCGGGAGAAUCUUCUCAGUGCUGUAAAUGCCGUGUCCACAACAGAGACUCCAAGCUCAUAUGGCAUUGA